GGCUGCGCAGGCGCGGUCCCGACGAGCAACGCGUUUGUAGACGGGUGGGUGCGCACGCUCUGUGCCUGCGUGACCUUCCGACCCCGCUGUCCUCACCGCAAUGGCGGCUGUGAGGGCCCUGGUGGCCUCGAGGCUCGCUGCGGCAUCUGCAUUCACGUCCCUGUCCCCCGGCGGUCGGACGCCUUCCCAGCGCGCAGCCCUUCACCUCUCCGUGCCGCGCCCCGCGGCCAGGGUCGCGCUGGUGCUGUCUGGAUGCGGAGUCUACGAUGGGACCGAGAUCCACGAGGCCUCGGCGAUCCUGGUGCACCUGAGCCGUGGAGGGGCUGAAGUCCAGAUCUUUGCUCCUGACGUCCCUCAGAUGCACGUGAUUGACCACACCAAGGGGCAGCCGUCCGAAGGCGAGAGCAGGAAUGUUUUGACCGAGUCUGCGAGGAUCGCCCGUGGCAAAAUCACAGACCUGGCCAACCUCAGUGCAGCCAACCAUGAUGCCGCCAUCUUUCCAGGAGGCUUUGGAGCAGCUAAAAACCUGAGCACGUUUGCCGUGGACGGGAAAGAUUGCAAGGUGAAUAAAGAAGUGGAGCGUGUCCUGAAGGAGUUCCACCAGGCCGGGAAGCCCAUCGGCUUGUGUUGCAUUGCACCUGUCCUCGCGGCCAAGGUGCUCAGAGGCAUCGAGGUGACUGUGGGCCACGAGCAGGAGGAAGGUGGCAAGUGGCCUUACGCCGGGACCGCGGAGGCCAUCAAGGCCCUGGGUGCCAAGCACUGCGUGAAGGAAGUGGUCAUAUCCUUCCUGGUAGCCAGGCCCGGCCCGCCGUCGUGCUUGUCCCUGAGACGUGCAUAGGGACGCCCCUCCCUCCGGGCUGCCUUGGUGGGUGGCCUCUUCACCGGGAGCUGCACCUGCUGCUCUCCCUGUGGGGCCUCCCCCAGUGGGCACCGCGGCCAUGUGUCUAAGGGCAUAGAGCAGAUGGCUGACAGCCCAGCUGGUGUGAGGUGGGUCACAGACACGUCAGAAGCGCAGCUCUGGUGCGUGGUUGGCAGAUCUGGCAGAUCCAGGUCCCUUGCCUGACUGUUGAUUCUGCUGAGCAACCCCCAGGCAGCCACACUCCGUGCCCAGCCGGGGGAGGGUGAGGAAAGAGUGUGUGCGAGGUGUGGAGGGAGAGCAGCCGGGCAUGCAGGAGGCAGGGGCUUCCUGGCUUUAUUUGGGCGGAAGUUCUCAGGCCAGUUUGGGUGGCCAGGUGAUUCAGCCAGCCUCGCGGCCCCCAGCCCCUCCUGUUGAAGUGUGUACCCUGAGUUCUGAGAUGAUGGACCAAGAACGCCAGCGGGGCUGUUGCCCAGGGAGAUUUGGAGGGAGGCUCCUGGAAGGCCCUGCCUGGAUCUGGGAGAAUGUCCAUGUGAGCCUAAUUGAGAGAACAGAACACUCCGGGGUGCCGGAAGGCACUGGAAUGAGUAGAGCAUGGACCCGGUCCCCUGCAGGUGUUGUUCUGAAGGGUGCAGUUCCUCUCAAUGGGGCAGCUUUUUUCUCACAGGCAGCUUCGGACGUCAGGCCCCGUCUCCCUCCCUGCGGCUUUCCUGCUGGGCAGGCCUCUGACUGCUUGCAGGAAGAUAGGGGCACAUGUCUUGGGUGGUGUGGAGGCCUGGCCGGUGGUCACAUGUGUGGUGUUGGGGAGGCUCAGGUCUGUGGCUGGCCGGCCCCAGUUGUGCCACCUGCUGCCCUGUUGCCCUGCCCCAUGAGGACCGGCUCCUUCACGGCCAGUUCUUCUUCUGAAAAGCGGAGGCGCUGCCACUGCCUCGCGUGGUGGUUGUGAGCACCCCAGGCAUGUGUGCGCCCCCAUGGCGGGGCAGCUCGUGGCCAUGUGUGGGUGUUGGGCCUGUGUGAUGCUGGCAUGAAAGGUGUCCUGUUCCCUGGAAUUUCCCGCUGCUUUCUUCCUCUAGAAUGCAUGUGAAUUGGGAACAGUUUCCUUCUUAUGUUGUUCAGCAGCAUAAAUCAUACAGAAAGCGGGGUCCUGCCGGCACAGACUGCACCAGGAGCGAGUUCUCCUCUUCCAAGUUAUCUGAGAACAAAGUUAGGACACGCGGUGAGGGUGGGGGAGGGGCCGGGGCUCCACACCUGAAAGUCCCUCAGGUCCGUGCUGGGUGGCUUUUUCCGUAACUCUGCACACGAAGCUCACGUGGACCAGAAAAACAAGGUGGUCACGACCCCAGCCUUCAUGUGCGAGACGGCACUCCACUACAUCCAUGAUGGGAUCGGAGCCAUGGUGAGGAAGGUGCUGGAACUCACUGGAAAGUGACGCGCAUGGACAGGGCCCAGCUAGGCACCAGGACUUGGCCUCACCCUCUGGCUGAGGAGCUGUUGGCUGCUUUCCAUCCAGCUGGGAGUCUGGCAGGCCCUUUUUUUUUUUUUUUUUUUUUGCUGAAACCUGCAGGUGUUCUCUCUCUAAGGAGGGUGUGCUGCAGUGCACAGGAGGAUGUUUCUUCCUGGGCAUGGCUGGGCUGCUCUCACAUACAGAGGCCGGGGGGCCAAUUCGUUCUCUGCCACAGGGACUUGCCUCACUGUGUCCCAAAAACAAAUCGCAGCCAGCUUUUCCAGAAAUAGAAAAUUCUGCCGUCUGAGGUUUUGUACUUCAGGUUAGUUAAUUUUUGGAAGGAAGAACAUUUUUAGGUUUGCAAGCCUCCUGAUCAGGAAACCAGAAAUACCACAUUUAUGGACCAUGAAAGGUUGGUUCUUGACUCUGAAGGGACUUUUGAGUUAAUCAGCGUAAGGGGGUUUCUAAAGCAGGCAAUCCCUGUAGCCGCAGAGAAUAAACGCCUUCCCAAAAUGGCAACUUCCCACAGCCACAUUUCAGACCUGCUGAGACUGCUGAGUGAGGAAUGGCAGUGAGGUUUCUUCAAUUAGUCUCAGUUCUCUUAAUUUUCAGGAAGAAAGGGAAAUUGCAGCUCCUCAGCCCCCAGGAUUGACCUCUGGGGAGUGAUGGUAGCGUUGGUGCCAGGCCGUGGGUUCAGGUGUGGCAGAAGCUUGCAGAUGCGUCCGAAGGGAAAUAAAGUGUGUUGGCGUUCGA